AUAUAGAAUACUGAAUAACACAAGUAUGACAUGAAUACUGUGAAUGAAUGAAUAACAGUGAAAUGCUCUGUGUUGUCUGCAGCGAUGGAGGAGCUGGAUGGAGACGAGGUGAGAGUGUCCUCCAGGGGGCGCUCCGCUGAGAGAGACAUCGUCCAGUUUGUCCCUUUCCGGGACUACAUGGACCGCUCGGGGAACUCGGUCCUGAGCAUGGCCCGGCUGGCUAAAGACGUCCUGGCAGAGAUCCCCGAGCAGCUGCUGUCCUUCAUGAAGAGCCGGGGGCUGGAGCCCCGGCCCCCCUUGCCCGCCGCCUCAAACCCACCCUCCAUGUCCACCAGCACCCCCGCCCCCAAGCAGAGCAAAGCGCACGCCUGAGAGCCAGCAGACUCACAGGUUGUGUGUGUGUGUGUGUGUGUGUGUGUGUGUGUGUGUGUGUGUGUGUGCCUGCCUGCCUGCGUGCGUGCGUGUGUGUGUGUGUGUGUUGCAGGGUUGUUGACAGGAAAUGGUUCAGGAUUUUGAAGAUCAUAAUUGGAAGAGUGUUGGUGGGGAGGAUUCCUCCAACUGGACUCAUAGCAAAUGCUCUUCUGAUCCAUUGGAGGUUCUGACUUUGUCAGCACCUAUCAGAACACAGGGGAAACACACAACUCUGCAAUUACACACAAACUGCAUUUAUAUCAAAGGAUUCAAAUGUAGUUAACUUUUCCCUCAGUCAUCAAAUACAUUUCUAAUGUUCGAAACUACAGAGCUUUUUGUUAUCACAACUCCUCCUGCAGAUGUCAGUCUUCGGUUCCUGCUCACAGGGAGAGAGGGUCCGUUGUGAGAUGAAUCCUGAGGGGGGCUACCAGUUGAGCUAAUCAGUUGUAAAGAAAGACAGCAGUGGGCAGGGGGUCCUCUCCUCAUUAGUUUAUUCUCAGUGCAUUUUAAAGACAGUAACAGUAAAACAGAGGGUCUGAAACAGAGGAGCAGUUGGGUUCAAUCCUGUCCUGUUGGGGUGUCUGACUGCUUCUUUUCACUGCUUCAUGAACAUGCUGCAUAUUUAUCUAUGCUAAAAAAUGUUUUAAUAUUUAAAGGGAUGGAGAAUGUCCUGCAUUUCGAGGUCAACUUUUAGAGACUGAGCACCAGAACAUCGAAAAUAAUCCUACUUGGACGCGCAGGGCAUGAAAGAAAUAUUGCCAUGAAAUCAUGUGGGGAUGGAGAACAGACCGGAACAUACCGUGCACUGCCAGCCCCCCUUCCCUCCAGCCAGCGCAACAUCUACCAUUUAGUGAGGCACAGACUAUUGCCGCGCUGGUGGUGAACAAUGCCUCUGCUUCUGAAGCUAUCUGGAGCAUGUGCCUGUUUAAAGUGGGUUAAUGCACAUUCCACAGGUCAGAUAUUUAGCAGACAAUGUGUGAAAGUGUCACCUUUCAUUUUGUACUGCAGGGAAGACACCGACAGAAAGAGUGAUGAGAGCUGUGGUAUGUAGAGCUCAGCCUGACUACUGUUGGGACACUUCAGUUUGAUACAUGGCUGCCUUUUCUUUUCAGCUACUGUAGUAAGUGAAUGCUGACAAAUUGGUUUAAUUUUGUAUUAUCCUUUUAUUGUGUUAAAUAAGGAUUAAAGCAAAAAUGAACCAGUGUUUCAGCAGAACCCCAAAAUAAUUUGGCUUUAGCAGGCUCUGUUCCUCACAUACACAAACAACCUUUAUAUCUGAACUGUGGUAAUUGGAUAGGCAGAAUUACAAAAAAAUGAAAGUUUUGGAGGUCUCUAAAGCUAAUAAUUACAACGAUAGUCAGCAGGAUUUGUCAGGAUAUUUAGCAUAUUGUAUCAGAAAGGAAACGGAUAUGUGGCCUUAUUUCUGUCAUUAUCCUAACAGGAGUGGGUGAUGGAGGACUCUAUUUUUAUAUGACAAAACAUUAAAUCUAUGUUACUUGCAUGCUUAUUUGGCUAAUAUGCUGCCAAUGAUGUUCUGUAUUUCUAUUCAUAUCCAAAAAUGACUUCAGGCUACAAAGGAGAGUUCUGUUUCUGUGGUUAGUGCAGGAUGCUUAAAGGUCUCAUACAGCAUCUCUGUAUAGUAUGUGUAUUCACUCUCUGUCCUAAACGGCU